ACAACUGACAACUUCGAGAAGGACCUCAUCCUUGACAAUAAAAUCUUCAAGCUUCAUGUUUGAAGCUACUCUAGCCUGUAAAGCUCCUCGCUCCCACCAAUUUCGAAGUUAUUGCAUUCCAAAAUCAGAGGAUGGAGACAAUAUUUUGAAAGUUCACCAUCUAUGAGAGAAGCUAUGAAGCUGCCUCCCCCCUCGCGUUCUGUACUACAAAAGCUAUCCACGAGCAUGUGCUUAUUAGUGAGCCUUUUUUUGGUACUAGUAAAGUGCAGAGGGGCCUCGUCUGAAUCUACGAACUUGAUUGGUCUUGGAAGCUAUGACAUUACAGGACCUGCUGCAGAUGUCAAUAUGAUGGGAUAUGCUAAUAUUGAACAAACUACCUCUGGAAUUCAUUUCAGACUGCGAGCUCGUACAUUCAUUGUCGCAGAACCUCAAGGGAAUUCCGUGGUAUUUGUGAACCUUGAUGUUUGCAUGGCUUCACAGCUUGUUACAAUUAAAGUAAUAGAAAGAUUGAAGGCAAGGUAUGGUGACCUAUAUACGGAGGAUAAUGUUGCCAUCAGUGGGAUCCAUACUCAUGCUGGGCCUGGAGGAUAUCUUCAAUAUGUUGUAUAUAUUAUAACAUCUCUUGGUUUUGUACAACAAUCCUUCAAUGCCCUUGUGGAUGGCAUUGAAAAAAGCAUCACCCAAGCUCAUGAGAAUCUUCGUCCAGGUUCUAUCUUUAUAAAUAAAGGAGAGCUCUUAGAUGCUAGCAUAAACCGUAGUCCCAGUGCUUAUCUCAAUAAUCCAGAAGAAGAAAGGAGAAAUUAUAAAUACGACACUGAUAAAGAAAUGACACUCAUGAAGUUUGUAGAUGAAGAGUGGGGUCCUAUUGGAAGCUUUAAUUGGUUUGCGACUCAUGGAACGUCUAUGAGCCGUACAAAUUCAUUGAUUAGUGGUGACAAUAAAGGCGCAGCUGCACGAUUUAUGGAGGAUUGGUAUAAUACAGAUGUCAUGCACAAAGGAUUCGAAAGCCAAUCACUCAUCAAAUCUGGGGCUUAUAAAGUACCUCGAAGAAUCUCCAACAUAAUUCCAGAUUUUCAUGAACACCGUAAAAAGUUGAUGGACAUUGCUUCCACCUACCAGUCUUCUCCUGGAAGACCUGUUACAAGAGCUUUAAGUGUUGCAAAACGAGUCAGGAGUACCCUUAGGCAGGCUGAACGCCCUCAAUUCAUAUCUGCAUUUUGUCAAUCAAAUUGUGGCGAUGUAAGCCCGAAUGUGCUUGGAGCAUUUUGCAUAGACACUGGCUUGCCCUGUGAUUUCAAUCAGAGUACCUGCAAUGGUCGAAGUGAACUGUGCUAUGGCCGUGGUCCAGGUUACCCAGAUGAAUUUGAGAGUACACGUAUCAUUGGUGAAAGACAGUUUGAAAAAGCUAUGGAGCUGUUCCAAAAUGCUUCUGAACAACUGAAAGGAACAGUAAGGUAUCGACACACAUAUAUUGAUUUCUCUGACCUCCCAGUCCAAUUGUCAGAAGUUGGAGAAAGUAAUGAAUUGGUCAGAACAUGCCCUGCUGCCAUGGGCUUUUCUUUUGCUGCUGGAACCACUGACGGACCUGGAGCAUUUGACUUCAAGCAGGGAGAUGACGAGGGAAAUGCCUUUUGGAAGCUUGUUGGAGGCUUACUGAAAAAGCCAGAUGAGAAGCAGAUCAAUUGUCAGGAUCCAAAACCCAUUCUGAUUGACACUGGUGAAAUGCAUGAACCAUAUGACUGGGCUCCGUCCAUACUUCCUAUUCAGAUUUUGCAAAUCGGGCAACUUGUUAUCCUCAGUGUUCCAGGAGAAUUCACAACUAUGGCAGGGAGGCGCCUCCGUGAUGCUGUCAAGGAAGUUUUGACAUCUGGAGACAAAGAAGAAUCGGAUAACAAUGUGCAUGUUGUUAUAGCAGGACUUACAAAUACAUACUCACAAUAUGUGACUACAUUUGAGGAAUAUCAAAUUCAGAGAUAUGAGGGAGCUUCGACUCUCUACGGUCCACAUACACUGAAUGCAUACAUUCAAGAAUUCAACAAGUUAGCAUCUUCUCUCAUUAGUGACAAACCAGUCGAACGGGGCCCGCAACCCCCUGACCUGCUCGAUGAUCAAAUUAGCCUUCUGACUCCAGUUGUCAUGGAUUCAACCCCUCUCAGUGCAAGCUUCGGCGACUGUAAGACGGACAUUCCUCUAGACUCGAUCUUCAAACGGGGGGAUAUUGUUAAAGCCAUGUUCUGGUCAGCCUGCCCGAGGAACGACCUUAUGACCGAAGGCACGUUUGCAUUGGUGGAGAUUUUGCAAUCUGGAAAUAACUGGGAACCGGCAUACGAUGAUGAUGAUUGGUGCCUAAAGUUCAAGUGGUCGAGGCCUUCAAAGCUAAGUGCCCGAAGCUAUGCAACUAUCGAAUGGCACAUUCCGGAUGCAGCGGUUUCGGGCGUUUACAGGAUAACACAUUUUGGUGCAUCGAAAUCGCUUUUCGGAUCGGUCAAACAUUUCACGGGUUCUUCUACUGCUUUUACUGUAGUAUAAGUGGGUGGACGCCACUAUCUACAUUGGUCCUACGAUCAUUAUGGAAAGGUAAAUUAGUGCAAGUUAGUAGUAAAUGAAUGUAUAAGAAAUGAGGUAGUGUAUAUGGAGCAUGGACGAUACCAUGAUGGAAAGAGGAAUAAACAGGAAGAAAACCGCAUUUCUUAUUGAUUGUAUCUGUAUGUAUGGAUGACAAAUGGUUAUGUUCUUUUCAUAUAUUUUGUUGUAUUUAAAAUAAAAUAUAAGAUUAUUAACACACAUUCCUAAUU